AUGCAACAAAGCACAAAUCAGAUGAUAUGUUGUUCAGAGCAUGAAAUGGAAGCGUAGUUGGUUAUUUUGGAUCAGGAAAUGACAUAAAAAUAGAGAUUAUUAUGUACAGAAUGUAUCAGCAAAAUGGAAGGCAACUAUAGAUUUUUAGGAUUUUAAAAAAUAAAGUAAAUUAUAGAAGAGAAUCAAAAUUUAAAGAAUCAAGUAAUCGAUAAUGUCAUAAAUUAAAGACGAGAUAUCAUUUAAAAAUUUCAAAUUUAAAUUGAUUCGUAUAGAUCUAUUUAAAUUUAAAAAUUUGAUAACAUAAUCUCCUAAACCAACUUCUGGAUAUAAAAUCUAAAUGAAAUAAAACAAAAAUAUUAAUCAUCCAAUUUUUGUAAGGAAUUUGAGAUAUUAUUAUAAAAUAAUAUGUAAUUUAGUUAGAUUGAUGAAUAAUAAAUCUAUAAAGAUUUAUAAUAGGAACUAACAUCUCUGAUUUCAAAUUAUUAACCAAAAUUAGCACAUGAACUUAAUGAACUUAUGGAAACUUCAAAAUUAUUUUAAGCAACUUAUAGUAUUUUUGAAUGCUUCGAAAAUGAGGAAAUAUCAGCUUUUCAAUUAGAUUAAAUAACUCCUAAAGUAGAAAUUAAAUACAUGAAUAAGUUUGAGAAACAAGAUGAAUGGUGUUAUGCAAUUUAAUUUGAUAAAAAAGGAUAAAGAAUGAUAUCAACUUCUAACAAAGAUAUAAAACUUUGGAGCUUUAAUUAAGGCAAAAUUUAAUUAAUCUAAUAAUUGAAGGGUCAUUUAAAUAAUGUAACAUGUUUAUUAUUCACUCCUUAAUCAAAUUGCAUAAUUUCAGGAUCUUAUGAUCACACUUUAAGGUGUUGGAAUAUAAAUGAACAAAAUUAAUUAAUAUCCUAAUCUACAUUCAAAGAGCAUAGUGGUAAAAUUCAUUGUAUGAUAUUAAAUUAAUUGGGAGAUUAGCUUAUAUCUUCAAGCAAAGAUAAAUCUAUUAAAAUAUGGAAAUUUGAUUAAAGUGUAAAUGGAUUACAAUUAUAAUAAUCAUUAUCUAAACACUAAAAUGAGGUGUACUCUGUAAGUUUAAAUUAAUCAGAAACUCUACUAGCCUCUUGUGGUAGGGAUUAAUAAAUAAUUAUUUGGAAAAAAGAUUAAUUUAAUAAAUGGUAAUUUAAUUAGAUUGUUACUCAAUCAAUUUAAGAUUUUGGUAAAAAACUUCUUUUUUUAAAUGAUGACUAAUUAAUAUGGGUUUCAUCUAAUAAUAAUUUAGAAAAAAACUCCAUUUGGUUCUAUGAAUCUAAAGAAGGAGUUUUGAUGGAAAAUAAAGAAAAGGCAAUUCAUCUAGAUGGUGAUCCAAAUCUUGACUAUAUUUCAUUUCCAAUUCAAUAUAAUAAGGAGAAGAAUUUGCUUAUUGUUAGACAUAAAUAAAUUAUUUAUUUAUUAAGAUAAUCUUUGAAAGGAAAGUUUGUAAUCUUUGCCAAAUUGCCUUGUUAGGAUGAAAAUAGUUAUGGGGCUUUAUCAAAUGAUGGAAGAUAUUUGGUUUUUUGGGAUUGCUUAUAUUAAAAUAAAAAUAAAAGUAAUGGAAAAUAUUUAGUUUAUGAAUUAAGCUAUAAAUGA